AGGUGGCUCACCGGUUGGAGCUCUGCCUCUGCUCCGCCGCCAAAAACCACCUCAAAUGAGUGGCAAGCCCUGCGAGCGGCGGACGCAUGCGCAGUCGAUAAAGCACAUUCGAAUCGAACACUAGCAGCGGUACUGCCAGAAACGAGAAAACGGCACUGGGAUUGCAAUUCCCAUUCAUACGGUUUUGGCUUUGGUUUUCGGUUUCGGUUUCAUUUUCGGUUUCGGCGUUUUUGAAAGCUCCGCGCUGGAAAGAAAGUGCUGUCUUUCUUUCUGUAGGCCGCCGAUCCUUGGGCAGCUUUCGUUUUCAUUUUCAUUUACAUUUACCCUGGGUUUCGUUUCGCUGCGAUCGAUUGCGAACCGGUUGGACUUCUGAUCGGUUACCCAGUUACUUAAUCCCAGCGUGCGGCGUUCAUGUAACCAUAAUCCUGGUCAGCAUGCGACGGGAGCGAGUGGUGCUGCUGUGUCUGGCGCUGCUCGGACUGCAGCAGGUGUCCAGGGCCACUGUGCGUCAGUCGCGCGAAAUCAUCAUCACAGAUGCGGUGCGGCGCAUCCAGAAUGACGGCUACAACGUGGAGCGCCACACGGUGACGACGAAGGACGGAUACGUGCUGACCCUGCACCGCAUCCCGCAGGUGGAUCCCGAACUGGGCACCCUGCUGAAGCGCCCUGUCGUCUUCCUGCUCUCCGGACUCUACGCCUCGUCGGAUGUAUGGAUUCUCAACGGGCGCGAGGACUCGCUGGCGUACCUCCUCUGGCGCGCCGGAUACGACGUGUGGCUGGGAAACAACAGGGGUAACAUUUACUGCCGGAAGAACAUGUGGACGAACACGACGGAGCGGGAGUUCUGGGACUUUAGCUGGCACGAGAUGGGCGUCUAUGACUUGCCCGCUCAGGUGGACUACGUGCUCCGGACAACCGGACAGAGGGCCAUGCACUUUGUGGGCAUCUCGCAGGGUGGCACUGUCUUUCUGGUCCUCAACUCGAUGAUGCCACAGUACAAUGCCGUCUUCAAAAGCGCCACCCUAUUGGCCCCGGUGGCCUAUGUGAGCAACACGAAGAGCGGACUGGCCAAGGUCAUCGGUCCGGUGCUGGGCACCCGGAACUACGUCUCCAAGAUGCUAGAGGGCGUGGAGAUGUUCUCCACGAACAAGUUCUUCAAGAAGUUCCUCUCGAUGACGUGUCUGGAGAACGAGAAGCCGCUGGUCUGCAUCAGUCGCCUGUGGCCAGCCGUGGGCUACGAUACUCGGUUCCUCAACAAGACCCUUCUGCCCGAUCUGAUGGCCAAUUUCCCGGCGGGCGGAUCGGUGAAACAGCUGAUGCACUACUUCCAGGGCUACGUGUCCACGCGAUUCCGGCAGUACGACUACGGCCCGGAGCGGAACUGGCUGCACUACCAGCAACUGGAGCCACCGGAGUACGCGCUGGAGAAGGUGUCCACACCAGUCACCGUUUUCUUCUCGGAAAACGAUUAUAUUGUGGCUCCGGCGGACAUCUGGCGACUGCUCACCCGGCUGCCCAAUGUGGAGGCCGCGUAUAAGGUUCCCUGGAAACGGUGGAACCACUUCGACUUCAUCUGCGGAUUGGGGGUCAGGGAGUACAUCUUCGACAACAUAGUGCUCUCCAUGAAUCGUUAUGAACAGCGGCGACGUUAAGAGGAGGAAGCCAGGAAGACGGCGGGAAAGGAUCACAGCCAGAACUAUCACUAGUGCCAAAAACAAUGUAGAAUUACGAAUCUGAGUCUGCGGUUGAUUCGGCUAGAUCAACUCUGGAUAUAUGUACUGAUUAAAAAAUAAAUAAUUUAUAGAUUAGACUAAAUCGAAGUGAA